AUGCCGGUCUUGUCCACUCUCAAUCUUCCCCGGAGACAAAAAUACGCCCUUGUCGGCGUGUUCGCCCUCGGCUUCUUCGUCUGCAUCAUCUCCGGACUCCGGCUCAUGUCCUUGAUCGUGGUCGAGCGCGAGCAGCCGUACGACGCGACCUACACCAGCGCCAACAUGAUCUACUGGACCGCCGUCGAGGUCAACGCCUCCAUCUCAUGCGCCUGCAUCAUGACCUUUAAACCGCUCAUCCAACGGCUCUUCCCCCGCCUGCUCUCCCCCAGCAAAGACGCCCGCGAACCAGCCCUGCAGUGGAUCACGCCCGUCACGGGGACCACCACCAACAACAAUAACAACAACAACGCCAACCCGGACACCAGCAUCCGCCCCAACCCCGCCGCCGCCGCCGCUGAACCCGGUCCCCAGCCAGCGAGCCGCCACACCCCGUCUCCAAGCACCAACCCCUUCCACCGGCGCGGCAGCAGCGGCAGCGCGCUGUGCCCCCACCACCGCCCCUCGCGCGACGACAGCACCGCCGACGCCGACCACGACGACCCGCUCGAGAAAUCGCGCUACUACCACGGCACGCUCAACCCGGCCGCCGCGUACGCGUAUUCCCUUGACGACGACGACGACGACCACGAUCAUGACCAUGCCUUCGAUCUCCAUCGGGACGACGGCCUCGACACCGACCUCGAAGCGCAGCGCCCCUGCGCCUGCGCCUGCGCCUGCAGCGUGUCGUCGACCACCAUGGGCGGCGGCGGCGCGUUGACGGCUACGACGACCGCUACCACCACUACUGCCUCUCACAGCGGUCGGAGUAGUGUUGGGGGAGAGGAGGGCGGGGCUGAUGGCGCGCUGGAUGGCGAGGAGGAAAGGGCGGCGGCGUUGAGGGCGCCGCCGAGGGCGCAUCUUGGGCUUGGGCUUGGGCUUCGUGGGACGGCGGCGGCGGCGGGGGUUGGGGACCGGAGGGACUGAAUUGAACUGGUUGGUGGGUGGUAUCAAGGAGGGUUUUUCGCAACGCGUUACUGUGGCGUUUUGGUGGGGAUGUUUUUGCUUGUGUGUGCCUUUCUUUGCCUGCCUGAUACCCUUGGGUUAAGUUGCGGGUUCGCAAAAAGGGAGUCAUGGUGCCUCUGUCUCUACCGAUGUUGCUGCGAUUGGGUUCCGGCGUUCGGGGGAUGUGUACGGGGUUACGUCUCUGGAAGGGGGAGGCUAUAGUCUCAUUCUCGUCGCCUUCAUCGUUUAGGGGACCCGAAAAGGGGUUUGCUGUUCCUGGUGAAGUUGCCGUACUGGACUCCGCUCCUACGUUGUCAGGUCCUGGUUGACAACCCCUGGCAUACUGUUGCCGGUGUAAGCAACCGAUCAGUAUGAGAGGUCAAAUGCUC